AUGUCGCUGAGCCCCAAGCACACGACGCCCUUCUCGGUCACCGACAUCCUCAGCCCGAUGGAGGAGAGCUACAAGAAGUUCGGCGGCAUGGACGGGGCGGGCGGGCUGGGCGCGCCCCUCGGGCCGUACCGCCAGGCGUCCGUGCCCCCCGCCGCCGCCGCCGCCGUGCCGCAGCACGUCCCCGCGGGCGCGGCCGCCUACCACAUGCCCCACGGCGUGUCGCAGUUCCCGCACGGCGCCGUCGGGGGCUACUGCAACGGCGGCCUGGGCAACGUGGGCGAGCUGCCCGCCUACCCCGAGGGGAUGCGGGGCGGCGCGGCGGCGGGCGGCGGCUGGUACGGGCCCGGCGGCGACCCCCGCUACUCCAGCAUCUCCAGGUUCAUGGGCCCGUCGGCGGGGAUGAACGUGGCCGGCAUGGGCGGCCUGAGCGGCAUCGCCGAGGGCGCCAAGGCCAUCGUGCCGCUGCACGCGGCGCCGCGGAGGAAGAGGAGGGUGCUCUUCUCGCAGGCGCAGGUCUACGAGCUGGAGCGGCGCUUCAAGCAGCAGAAGUACCUGUCGGCGCCCGAGCGGGAGCACCUGGCCAGCCUGAUCCACCUGACCCCCACGCAGGUGAAGAUCUGGUUCCAGAACCACCGCUACAAGAUGAAGCGCCAGGCCAAGGACAAGGCGGCCGCCCAGCAGCUGCACCCCGACGGCGGCGGCAGCGGCAGCGGCGGCGGCCUGUGCCAGCAGCCCUCGCCGCGCCGCGUGGCCGUGCCGGUGCUGGUGAAGGACGGCAAACCCUGCCCGCCGCCGGGCAACGCCACCCCGGGCCCCGGGCCGGCCGCCCCGCGGCCCCCGCCGCCGCCGCGCCCGCCCGACCUGGAGGAGCUGUCGCCCAGCCCGCCGGCGCUGCACGGCCCCGUGGCUCCCCUGGCCCCCCUGGACUCGGCCGGCGUCGACUACAACGGCGGCAUGGUCAGCCCCAACCUGCUCUACGGCAGGACGUGGUAA